UUUAAGCAUUUCAGCGUUAAUACCGUCUACCCCUAAAAAAGGAAUCGAAUCAUAAUUUUGAUUAUAUGAGAUCAAAGGAAAAAUAUUUGUCUUUAAAACAAAUGAACGAUUUAGAGGGAGCAUUUGGAGCCUUGGAAAAAGCACACUCAUUAUCACCUCAGGAUCCUUUGGUGCUUAUUAAUUAUGCAGUUGUACUCCACGCUCAGGGGAAACAAGAGGCAGUCGACAUCAUGACAGAACUCAAUGACAUCAUGGCUGUUAUUGACGUUGACCCACAGAUAGUGGAAACAGCCAAAAGUCUUUCGAGCAAACUUCGAGAGGAAAAAAAUUAUGCAGAGGAGAGGAGAAUUUUGGGAACCGACGAAGUUUAGUCAGAGUAACCAGGCAAAAUAAGUCGAAUCUCUGAGGUUUAUGAAGUAUGGCUAAUAAUAAUAAUAAUAAUAAUAAUAAUUAAUUAUUAUUGUAAUAAUAAUUACUAUGGAAAAUUGAAUACAUUAAUAUUUCAAGUGUACUCAUACAAAA